AUGUCGACGAUGAACCAGUUCGCGGACGAAUAUUUUUACGACUACCAUCAUCACCGUCCCUCGACGACGACGACGACGGCGGCCGUCGACUACGAACAGCCGACGGCGACUUACCCGAUCUGCAAGCAACUGAACGACGACGACGGCGUCGGCGAAUACUUCGGACAGUCCACGGUGGCGGCGGACCCGUCGUACUACUAUAACAACUACGAUUCGACGGCCGCCGCGGCGGGUUACUGCGGCGGCGGUUAUUACGGCCCGUGCGACACCGUCGUCGCGUGUCCCGCGGACGCGAGCUGGCCGUCUCCUUUGCCCCUGCAACAGUUCGCCGACAAUAAUCCGUCCGGCUGUGGGACGGACGACCCGCAGCGGCCGUACGCGUGCGACUGGACGCCGUCGUGGCACCAGCCGUUGUCGCCGUCAAUCCAGCCGGCGCCGCUGUCAUCAUCACUUUUGCCCGCGGCGGCCGUACCGGAAUUCGCCAGUUUCUACGACAGCGAUUAUCGGCCGGUCGAACCGACUUUUCAGCUCCUCGAACGCAACGAUAACGAUCAAAUUGCCAACGCCGCCACCGCGGAUGCCGCCACCACCGCCGACCAACUAAUAUUCAGUAAGAAAAUUAUCUUUGGCAAACAUUGCCGUAGCCAGAAAUAAACUGGUUCCGGUGCAAAUUCAAUCUGUUUCAAUGUGUUUGGGCACAUUAAUAUUUAAUUUAAACGUAAUCCAAAAAUAAUAAUAACAUAAAACAAAUUUGGUUUCCAAUUACAAUAAAAUCCAAAGGUUCACAUCACAAUCCGUGUGUUCUUCAUUAGAUUUAAUGGUCAUUUAGAUUAGUAAGCCGAUGUGUUUUGAUGUUCUUCGAAAAUCGUACACGUCUAAUUAUUGGCAGUCCGAUUAACUCUCGAUGCAUCCGACGGACAACCAACUAGCAUGGCUGGGACGCGAGGCGAUGAAUUGAUAAGGUUUAUUGUUAAUAAUUAAUCCGGUGUCCCGUCGGAUUGAAAACUCGAUAAUUGUUUAAACGAGGAACACGCGAAAUGUCAGCGAUCACAAACGGACAAUAUACCGACUUUUUUUUAUAUAAAAAUUUAACGAAAUCCACAAUCGUGGUAUAGUUGUGACACAAGAUUCAUAAUCGGGGAUGUAAGCAAUAUACGGCAAGUUGAGGAAAACUGUAUAUGAAUGUCUGAAAUAGUUAGUGUUCCAUGCAAUUUUAAAAACCUGGAACCUAUGAUGGGUCUCCAUCGCGGACUAAAAUCCGUUGCUCCCAUCGGCGGUGUGAACUCACAUCACGAAUGAGUCUGGCGAAAUUAUUUGACCCAUUCACCUAUUUAUUAGCAAAUGACUUCACACCUUCCCCUUAAAUUAUUAUAUAAUCGCCUUUUACAAAAACAAUUAAGCUUAUUAAGUAGUACUGAAUUAAGAAAAUUUUUUAAUUUUUUUCAUUGGUCAUUUUUGUGAACAAUUUAACGGGUAUUGUACAUUUAAUAAAUAAAUAAAUUUUGUUGACAGUUAUCUUUGUCAGGGGGGGGGCGAAUAGAAUUCUAAUGGGAGAGCAUUUGCCCUCCUCUCUGAAAUAUACAUAAAUUCUAUUAUUAAAAUACCUGAUUCUUCUUCGUUCGAGUACCUAUUUCUUAUAUACGUAAUAGUUAUCUAACGCUUACCCAAUCACCUAUUUAAAAAAAACCUACGAGUCUUCAGACUCGCAGAACUAUCUAACGCUACUGGUUCCCACACACAAUCUCCAGACCGAAUUAUCAUCUAUAUCAGCAUUUUCCAAACUUUUUCUCCGUUGGACCCCUUAGAGAUAGUAAAAAAUUAUCUUGGUAUCCUCUUAGUAAAAAUAAAAAUAAAAAACAAUAAUGUAUAAUAAUAAUAUUAUUGCUUUAUUUUAUUAACUAGAUGUUAGUGUUUUUAUGAUAUAAAAUUGAAUUAAUAAGAAAAAUAAAUGGAUAAAUAGGUAUAUAAUUUAUUAAAUUAGUAAAAAAAAGUUCAAUGUAAUGGGUGGAGUUGUUUCUUCGAUCCUAAAUCUGGUAUUUUAGGAUCUAAAUAAUUAGCUUCGUAAAUCUGAUUCUACUUGUAAUCGAUUUCUAUAUUUAUUUUUAGUAUACACAUAAGUUGAAAAUCCAUUUUCAUUAGAGGUAAGUUGUUAAAAAAAAAUUCAACAGCCUUAUUGCUGCUUCUGAUAUUUCUGGAUAGUCUUGUCUUAAACCAAAAAAGAAGACAAAAAAGAUUCUUUGAAAAUCCUUUUCAAAUUAGAAUUGCAGGAUGUGUCGAUUAAUUAAUUUUCUUGUGUUGUUAAACCAGUUAUUUUGAAAACACCUACAUUCAGGCACGUAGUCGGGAUUAUUUUUUUUUUUGGGAGGGGGAUUAUCCAAAUAUAAAAUGUAUCACUAACUACCAAUAGUUGUAUAACAAUUGUUCAAUAAUAAUCUGAUUUUUUGUUGAGAAGCUUAAAUUUCGCUGGAGAGGACCAGUGGACACCCCCUGGCUAUGUGCCUGUUUGCAUUAAAAAAGGUCGACUACCCAAUUUUUGUUUUAUCUAGGACAGGAAGAUAUUUUCGAUAUGAAGAUUUCAAAACUUGAGGAUAAUUAAUAAUUAUCUCUUGUACAUCCCGAGGAAACCAGAUGAUAAUUCUAAAAAUGCAGAAAGAGUUGAAAAGUGGUUAAAAUUGUUUUAAAGUAAACGUUUUCUCCAUAACUCAAGAUUUUUUUAACCUGGCUUCAAUGUUAUCUUCAUUAUCUUUUGUCUCUUGUAAACUCAUACUUAAAAAAUACAUACAAUUAAAAAUAUCAGCUUAAUAGACUAUUAAAUAGAGACAUAUAUAAUUAUUGAAAUAAGUAGUACAUUUAGUAGCUCCAAUUGAGUUAUUCAAAAAGAAAAUUCUAUAAUUUUAUUUUUCAGCUCAAAAAUACGUGAAAACUAAGGUUAGAAUUUAUAUUCAUUAUAUUUAAUAUAUGCAAACAUAUGCAAAAAAAAAAAAAAAACACCACCAUUUACUUUAACAUGAGGUAAUUUGUGAACAUAAUUGACAAAAACAAUAAUCAAAACUUGCAAAAAAAACAUACCAAUGCAUAUAUUAUAUCUGGCUGCACCCGAGUUCCGUCCCAAGUGUAAAAUUUGAAUUUAAAUAUAUGCUAGUCCCGUCCCGGGUUUUUAUAAUGGAUGUAACUAAUUCCGUCCCGUGUAAUUUAUUUAAUUAAACGAGUUCCGUUCCGUUUUGAAUUUUCUACACUUUAUUAAAAUAGUAUACAAUUUACGACUACGGUAACAAUUUUUAUAUUAUUUAGAAAUAAAGAUAAUAAUGGUUUCAGUUAUCGCACUAAAUAAUCGAUUUUGUAUACAUUAAUACUUUAAUAUUAUUUUAAUUUUUUCUGUAUUUUAACAUUGAUAAGAAAAAUGUCCAUAAAAUUAUUAUUUUUUUAUGUAUCACAUUAAUUUUAUCUAAUAACAAAAUUUGAUUUAUGAAAAUAUAUACUACGUUUGAACUUUUUGUGUUUAAAAUGUAUGUAUUUUAACAUUGAUAAGAAUAUUUUUAAUCGGGACGGAAUUGGUAUGUACAUUUUUUUUAAUCGAGACGAAAUCGGUAUAAAAAAAGGUUAUUGGGUUGGAACUUGAAUGAAGCCAUAUAUCCUAGCCUUUUUUUUUUCCCGAUUAACCGACAUCAAUUGAUUAUCAGUUUUCACAUUGCUACCCUACUACUGCUAGUAUAUCCUAGGUCUUGUGAUAACCAACGUACUUCAGCGUGCAAUAGUAACUGUUUGUGUAUGUGUUCCAUAUUCGCAACAUUAUAUUUCCUUGUGUGAUUACGAAUAUUGUAUCAGUAUUUUCAUUUGUGUACAUAAUAUUUUCAAUUUACCUUCGUGGACCUCCUUCGAUAUACGUUCGGACCCCUCUAUGGGUCUACAGUUUGGGAAGCGUUGAUCUAUGUAAAUAACAUUUCACUAUUUCAAAUAAGUGUAAAUAUUAAUGUUACACUCUACAGUAGUGUAUCCAGGACGAAAACAGUCGAUUGCGUCCAAAAGUCAGACAAACGAAAAAUAGAGUUAUUUAUUGAUUAAAAAUGUUUAGUUCUAAUUUAUUAGUUUUAUAUUUAAUAUAAUAUCAUAUGCAGUAAUGCAAUAUAAUAUAACUUUUAGUAGUUGGAAUAAUAUUGCCGGAUGCAAUCGGAAUUCUCAAUUUUUCGUUUGGGAAGUAAACGGGUGCAUGCCUACUAAACCCGAACAAAAUUGAAACUCGAAGAGGGUUAAAAAGGUCAAAGCGGGACGCAAUCAGAUGACGCCCGUCCAGGAUCUUUCGACGGAAGGGGACGUAGCAAAUAAUAAUCAUGAAUAAGCUUCUCCUUUGCCCGAUUUGACUGUGGGAAUUCAAAAGCCAACUUUUAAUCAAUAAAUCAAGCUCUUCCUUGUUAUUUGGUUGCAAUAUAUUAGGUAUAUAUUUCGAGAUUAAAUCAUUCAUAAUAUUGUUGUAUUUUUUACCUUAUGGGGCGGGGGGGUAUAUUUCCUAUCCUCCCUCCCCCUGUGCACGCCACUGGCACUAUAUAAAAACCAUGAAUAUAAAUAAAACAUCACGUUGACACUAAAUAGGUAUAUUUUAUAAUAGUUUAUCGGGUAAAUAAAUAAAUAAAUAGUUUAAAUUUAAUAUAGUUUUAUAAUAUAGCUAAGCUAAGGUAAUUGAUACGAUUUGGGACGAUUGGGUGAAUGUAGUGGCGUAUACAUAACUUUUGUAUGGUGGGGGAUCAAUUUCAAACAAAUUAUUAUAGAAGAAAAAUGUCUAAACCUAGGUACCUGCACAUUAAAAUAAUGAACAAUAAAACAUAUUGGUAUUUAAUACAUUUUAUUUCAAAAUUCUACAAACAAUCAUAAUUAUACAAAAUUUAAUUUUCUUUUUUUUAGUCAAUCCAUCAAUUACUUCUUCAGCAGUGAUAGGAAUGAUCGCGGCCGAAUGGUCUAAUGAUAUUGAAUCUUGUUAAAAUUAUAUUUUAUAUAAUCCUAUAUAUGAAAUUAAUAAAUGUAUAUUGAUUAGUCAUUAGUAAAUUAAUUUUAAUCCUUACUAUUUUUUUUUUUUACGUUUCCGUGUAACGAUCUUACAAAGAAUACUAUUUUAUACACUUUAAAAAAACUCCUGGGGGAGGGAAUCUGUCCCCUACAUCUUCUCCCCCUGCAUACGCCUCUAGGUGAGUGUUACACUAACCAUUCAACCUACUACCUCAAUUCAAUUUUGAGUGUGCGCCAUCGGACUCUUUGUAAUAAUAAUAAUAUUAUUAUCGUUUAACUGUAUAAUAUACAGUCCUCAUAUAAAAUAAACAAAUGGUUAAUUAGAAAGUGAUCAAUAAAAACCGUACUUUGCAUAAAUUUUAUUUUGUUAUUUUGUACAUGCAUUCAAUGAGUUUUCAUCAGUCAUUGCUUUCAUCGAUAAAAUAAUAACAUUUUACGUUGCAUUUUUCCGCAUAACAUUAAGAUUGUACAUACAUGCAUACAUGUUAUUUAAUCGCUAAAAAUGUAAAAAUAUUAUCUAGGUACAUAAUUUAAUUUAAACUUUGAUUUUUUGUUUGUAUAGCAAUUUUACUAUUCGGUAUUACCUAGUUUACAUUAUUAACGUGCAUUAACCAGGUACCAACAUUUAUAUCUAUAUCUACUAUAUAUACUAUAUAUAUAUAUAUAUAUAUAUAUUAAUCUAAUCUAUAUCUACAAAAAAUUAAGUGCGUUUAUAAAAACAUGAAUCUAAUAUAAACAUUGACAUCAAUAUUGUAUAGUAUUGUAUUAACAUAAUAGGUAUAUACUAGGUAUACCUACUCAAUAUUUCAACUAUUAAUUACCUACACUACGAGCAUAAUAAUUAUAAUAUUAUUUAUUAGAUUAUAUACUAUUUAGAUUUAAUACCUAUGUAAUUAAUAAGUACCUAUACCUGCCUAUGAAAAAUAACUAACACUACUGACGGGUGUACCGCUGUUGUAGGUGGAAAGUUGUAGGGGAUCAAGAUAUACAUAGAGUAUAACAAAAUAAUGAUCUAAAUAUUUUAUAUUUCUUAAUGCAUUUUUAGAAGCAUUUAAAAGAGGUAAGUUUCCAAACAUCGAACGAAACCCACCACUUUUAGAUUCUGAACAAACGUAGCGAGGAAUUAUAUUAGUUUUAUUACUUAUGAGUGUGAUAAAUUUUGUUGUAUUCAAUUAACUUUUUGACCAGAAAUUUUGAUCUAAUCAUUAAGAUCAAAGGUAGUUUUUGAUUCCAAAUUUUAUUAAGAAAAACCGUUGGAAAAUGGAAACGAUAAUAAUCUCUGCUAAUAUUUUCAGAAACUUACUUAUACCAGCACUUUACAUAUGUACUGCAAUACAAAUUUCAAAAUUGUCUGACGUUAAAUUUAUUAGUAGCUAUUUGAAAUUUUCAAGUUUUUAUUUUUGGAUUUAUUUUAAAACUAUAAAAAUGUUGUUAAAUCCAAAAUUAUUAUAAAUAUUGUUAAAACACAAACAAUCGAGAACUUAGUUUAUUUUGUCGUUAUAUAAUAUUAUAAACACAAUUUUCAAUUUAAAAUCAUCAUAAAAUAUCUAUCCAAACUCCUUUCAAAAUCGUUUUUCAUUUACCAACCGUCACCUGCAAUAUAGUGGCCAACUCACAAUAUCAUAAGCGCAACUAAGGGGGUUGGGGGGCUUAUCCCCUAAAUUUACUAAUAACCCCUCAAAAUAAUACUUUAUAUGUUCUUGAGUUGAACAAAAAAUAAGUAAAAAGUAAGUUCAACAAGCAAGUUAGUACUUAGUACAAAUGUACUAACCUAAGUACAAGUUGCCAUUACAUUGCCAAUUUCCUCUGCAACAUCAGAAUGUAUAUUUUCUGUCAUGAGGUGGAUAAAUAGAUACUUAAGGUCAACAAUGGACCAAGAUCAUUUCAGUAAUUUAUCCUUACUAAGUAUCGAAAAAGACAUAGAAAUAUGUACAAAAAUCAUUAAAAAUAAAAUAAUUUUGUUAUUUUUCAGUGUAUAUAUUUUAAUAUAUGUGGGGGUAAAGCCUCCCACAUGUUAUUUAUGAUAUAAUAUAAAAGUAGUACUAUAGCCCCACUAGGAUUUUGUGCUAAUUGCACAACUGCACAGUUCAAAGUUGUCCUCUUUUUUUUAAUUUAUACUGUUAAUUGAUACCAUGAAUUCUUAAUUCAUAGUUGAUACAUUACACAUAAUUAUAAUAUAUUUAAUGGAUUAUUAUUUUAUUAUAAUGGAUAUUUUACUAUUUGUUUAAUUUUGUUAUUUUAUUUAUUUAUUUAUUUAUUUAUUAUUACUAUUUUUUUUUUUACUGUCUAUUGUAGAACCGGUUCGGCGUAAACUUACAACGGUAAACAAAUGCGAACAAUAUAAAACCUUUAAAAAAACUAGUACCAGUAAUAAAUUAUCAACGAGUCAAAAACAAAAGAAAAAACGAAAACCUCGAGUACUAUUUUCUAAGGUUAGUAACGAUAGUACUUUCGUAGAUAGGUAAUAAAUUAUCUAUAUAAUAUAAAACCAUCUAGAUUCUAGGUGUAUAUGUAUGCUUAGGUAUUUCAACAUUGUUACCAUAAACACCGUAUUUAAAUAAGUAGUCGAUACAAAUUAAAAAUAAUUUAAAAUUUUAGUGUUGGUACCUAAUACCCAGAAACGUAUUCACAUUGUUGGCUUUCUGAGACACUGUUCUUUCGGCGCCUUUUAUAUAUAAGAAUAAUUUUUUGUUAGAAUACAUAAGAAUAUCUAGCUGCACAUUAUUCAUCCAUCUUGUAAUUGCACAAGUUGAGCUAUAAAAUACACUAUUUUAUUGUGAGCGAGUGUAAACUAUGGGAUGGGGAUAUGAGGUUAAUAUAAAAAAAAAAAAGCUUUUAAGUAUUCCAAUAUAAAUAUUUAUAACCAUUUAAGUAAAUAAAUUUACUUAUCUGUUAUAGAUCAUGAUAAUCAUAAUGAAAUCUGUUUUGUCAUGGCAUUUAUUCCAAAAACAAAAUAACUAAAAACUAAUGGUACAAUAGUAAGAUUAUUAAAACGUGUUUAACAAAACAAAAAAAAAAACACAAUUACUAUCGAAUGUUUGGUAUCAGAAAAUGCGUAUCUCAAAGUAUUUAUUAGCACUGGAUAUAGUGCUUCCAACUGCUGCGUAAAAUCGUGGUAGGAAUGCCCUACCACACCCGGCCAUAUCUACUAUACUAGGUGAUUCACUUAAGUGGGUACACUCAUUAUCUCGGAAAGUAUUAACUUUUUCCGGAAUUUGUUUUCUAGAACAUUUAAGAAACAAGCUGCUCUACAAUUUUAUAUUUAUAUUAUUUUUUGUUACCCUUAAUUUAUUGCGGGUAAAACCAUUACCUACUUUUGAUUUUCAAAUGGCAACCUAUAUUACAAAGUCCAUAAAUAGAAGGAGUAUUAUUUAAAAUAAAUUUUAGUGUUGGCAUUUUUGAUUUCCGUCAAUCCGUUGACGAGAUACACCACUUUUAUGUAUGGGUUGGAGGAGAGUAGUGGAGUAUCAUUUGUGUGGCUGUACGCCGCGCGGCGUGUUAUUAAUGCACUACUACUCUCUUCCAAUCUAAAAUUAAAAGUUGAAUAUCUCGUAAACGACUUUACAGAAGUCAAAAAUGUCAACAAUAAAAUUUAUUUUAAAUAAUACUCCUUCUAUUUAUGGACUUUUUAAUAUAGGUUGCCAUUUGAAAAUCAAAAGUCGGUAGUGAUUUUACUCCCAAAAAUAACAGUGACAAAAAUUAACAUAAACAGAAAAUUGUAGAGCAGCUUGUUUCUUAGACGUUCUAGAAAACAAAUUCCGGAAAAAGUUAAUACUUUCCGAGAUAAUGAGUGUACCCACUUAAAUGAAUCGCCCGAUACCUGAUACAAGUUAGGUAAUCGAAAUCCGGAGCGCUUCAGUCAUUAUAUUGCAUACCUAUAUGACUUUAAUUUAUACAUUUUCUUACCAGUUAUUUUAAAAUUAUAAUACUGUCAUACAGAUGAUAGAGUAUAAUAAUUAGUAAUUAUUGAUUAGUAUAUUAUAAUAUAUAAAAUAAAAAAAACCUAUAUUAUAAUGACACAUUGCCUAUUGACAUAAUGAAUUAAAUAAAUUUAUUUUUCUUCCUGUUUGAGAGAGCACGCGGCGCUUAACUCACUUGCACUGACCGCACGCCACUGCUAUAUAGAACCUAUAUACAUAUUAAACUCAAAUAUAUGUAGGUAUGUACAUUAGUCACUAUAGAAAGUCAGAAUAUUUAGCCACUGCCAUUGAUUAAAACUUCAGCUUGAUGCAGUAUUUUAACUUUUAAGUAUAUUUGAUUGUUAAUUUAUUAUGACUAAUUAUUAUACCUACCUAACUCACGUGACAAUUUGCUUUCUGGUUUUAAUCUUCACAAAAUAGUAGGUUAAUUAUAUUAUAGGCACUAAAGAUAAAACUUAAUAAAUUGUUUAACCAAAAGAUAGGUUUAGAAACCCACGUAGUUCACCUUGAAGCUUAAAAAUACACACAUAAAUAAAAUAAUUUAUAUCCUAUAAUAUUGAUUAUUAAACAUUGUUUUUGCAGGAUGUAAUAACAGAGUUGGAACAAAGGUUUCAACAUCAACGUUAUUUGAAACCGGCAGAGCGAGAAGAGAUGGCGUCUAGAUUAAAGCUAACACCCACUCAAGUUAAAAUAUGGUUCCAAAAUCGACGAUACAAAACCAAAAAGUUAGUAAUGGUCGAUAGUACGACAUCAGAUACCAAUGAAAAACCUCGCCGAAGGCAAUUUCCAGUAAUUAAACAUUUUACAACAGUUUACAAAUUUAACAUUACAAAUAAUAAUCUUAACUUCAAUAGGUGUUUCAAUCAGUCAGCGCAUUAGGUACCAGAUUACCUGUACAAUGUAGAAAUUAAUAAUUAGUUUAUUUUUAAUAUUGUAAAUGUUAUUAAUCUGUUAUGUUCAUAAAGAAAAAUGAGAAUGAAGUGAAUUCAAACGUUUUAAAUAUUGUACCAAUAGAAUUUAGAAAAAUUUUCUGAAAAUAUAGCCUGCAUAGUUUAAUAUUCCUUAACAAAUUAUAAUUAUUUAAUCUUAUCAAAGAUUUAACAAGGUAUAAUUUAUAAUUUAUCGUAAAUGUGUGAUUUUUUUUUAAUUUUAAUACGUAAUUAGAAAAUAAAUACCUAUUAUUUAUUGAAUAAAAUUAUGUAUGUAGAUUAAUAUAUACCUAGGUACCAUCGAUACGUA